AGCAGCUUCAGUACACACACACAGGCAGAACACCUGCAUAAACAAGCAAUCAUGGCAAAGCGCGUCGCAGUAAUUCUCUCCGGCUGUGGUGUCUACGACGGCACGGAAAUCCACGAGGCCUCUGCUGUCCUCGUCCACCUGAGUCGCGCAGGGGCAAAAGUGCAGAUGUUUGCUCCAAAUGCAGAUCAGAUGCAUGUUGUGAAUCACUGUGAUGGCAAACCGACAGAAGAGAAAAGAAACAUCCUGCAGGAAAGUGCCCGCAUUGCCAGGGGGGAAGUCACUGAUCUGGCCAAGUUGGAUGUGUCAGCAUUUGACGCGGCCAUCAUCCCAGGGGGUUUUGGUGUGGCUAAGAACCUGAGUGACUUUGCAGUGAAGAAUAAGGAGUGCACCAUCCAACCACAUCUGGAGAAGCUCCUCAAGGCAUUCCACAAAGCUGGAAAACCACUGGGCAUGUGCUGCAUCUCCCCCAUCCUCGCCGCCAAAAUCCUGCCAGGCUGCGAGCUCACUGUGGGACAGGACAAAGAGUGUGAAAAGUGGCCGUAUGCUCAGACAGCAGGUGUCGUCAAGGAGAUGGGCUGCAAGUAUGUGAAUAAGGACGUGGGAGAAGCUCAUGUCGAUGUCAAAAACAAACUGGUCACCACCUGUGCCUUCAUGUGCAAUGCUCCCAUUCACAACAUCUUUGACGGAAUAGGUAUCCUCGUUAAAGAGACACUGAAACUGGCUUAAGAAAUCUCUAUUUACUUACUUAAACGAUCUUUCUGUAAAAGCACUCUUCAACUUAUUUGUCUGACAUUGUAUCUUCAAUCUGUGGUUUUGAGACUGUCAAUAAAAAACAAACCUAAAUAUUCAAAA